UUUUCGAUUUCUUAUUUUUAUCGUUGUUAUUCUCGUGUUCUGAUUGCUUGACGUGUGGUAAUUAACAGAUAUCCGGGUCCUCUGGGAAAUUAGGGUUUUCCUAGUUUCCUUAUUUAAACGGAAAUCGACAGUGUGAAUUUCGGUUCCCACAGUUUGGCGCUAGAAGGAGGGGGACUUACGGAUCAAUCUAACCCGCAAAAGCCACUCAACGAUCAGGAACGACAUGCGAGAUUCGACGUGCGCGAACAUCAUCUCAUUCAAGGGGGGAGAAACGAUCGAUCGAGCCAAACCUCGAAACGAUCUCCUUGUUAUCGAGUUGACGAUUCGAGAUAUCGACGUCGCUAGAGUACUAAUCGAUACCGGAAGCUCGGCCGAUAUCAUCUUCAAAGACACUCUUGAAAAGAUGGAGAUCAGUCAAUCCGAGAUCGCGAAAUACCCAAGCCCACUGCUAGGACUUUCGGGGGAAACGACCAUGGCCUAUGGAUCGAUUAGACUCGCUGUCAAAGCCGGAACCGUGACGAACAUCACAGAGUUUCUAGUCGUUGACCGCCCCGCAUCUUACAACGUUAUCAUGGGGACGCCAUGGCUGAACACCAUGCGCGCAAUCCCAUCAACCUACCAUCUUUGUCUCAAGUUCCCGACCCCUAACGGAGUCGAGGUAAUCUGGGGAAAUCCAAGAGUUUUGCAGGUUUGUUUCGCCGCGGAACUAAAACGAAAGAGACCGAUCCUCAAAGUUACUCCUAAGAAAGCGGAGAAAAAGACCUCCAGCAAAGAUACGCAAAGUCAGGAUUCAGCGGAAUUCUUCUGGCAGUCUCGCAGCAUCGCAGCUCUAGAUGAAAAACGCGAGCCAGCAUGUGAACCCGUGGUAACGAUCUGUCUCGACGAAGCCUUCCCAGAACGCUGCGUCGAGAUUGGAGCCAAUCUCCACGAGCCUUUAUGGACAGACUGA